CAUAACAUAACCAAGUGAAUAUUUUCUUCAUGUCUGAUCUUAACAUAGCAGUCACGGCAAAAAUGGAAAGUUGCAGUGUGGACAGGGAGAGGCUUGAGAUGUUCGAAGUUGGACCAUGCAAAGAUGCUUACGAAAUGGGUCUCUUAAUCGGCCGAAGAUUUUCCAAACUCAUAAGGAGCAGAGUGGACAUAGAUCUCAUUCUACAAAAUCAUCUCCGACCCUUUGCACUUGCCCACACACCUCGUUCGGAAUCACUUCUCAAAGCACUUUUUCAUGCCAACAAAACCAAAUUCCCAACCCAUUGGGAUGAACUCUUGGGGACUGCAGCAGGAAGCGGUGUGCCACUUCUUGAUAUUUUACUUAUCAACUUCAGGAAGGAGAUUCUGGCGUUUAUUCCAAAAGAAGAGGCAAAAGGGGUCACUUUUGAUACCUCAGAUGAUUGCUCCGAUGUUGUUGUUGUCGGUGAAUCUAUGGCUGUUGUUGCGCACAAUGAGGAUGCAAAUGUUGCUCUGGUCGGGCACACCUACUUAAUCAAAGGAAUCUUGCCGAAUGGACUCUUCUUUGUUGGUUAUACUUAUGCUGGGGAGCUCCCAAGCUGUGCAUUUGGCUUCAAUAGCCAUGGACUGGCAUUUACUCUGGAUUCCGUACCCCCGGCCGAAGAUGAAAUUGUGGCUGGUGGUAUUGGGCGGAACUUCAUUUCUCGAGACCUUCUUGAAGCUACAAGCAUGGAUGAUGCACUGAGGAGGAUCCAAUCGUCAGAAGUUUCUGUGGGGCAUUCUUACAACCUGAUAGAAACAAAGAGCCGCAGGAUUUUUAACGUUGAAACUGCAUCCAGGAAUCGGAUUUCAGUUUAUGAGGUCGGGGAAAAACCUUUCUUCCAUGCAAACAUGUACCUCCACCUUCCUAUUAAUCAGGUGCACGAUGAGAAUUCGAUGAGCAGGCAGAAAAGAGCAUCUGUUUUGUCAAAAACGUCGAAAGGGGAUUUCCUGUCACUUCUGGGAGAUAUGGAGGACAAAAACUACCCCAUCUACAUGACAGGUCCAUUACUUCACACCCUUUGUACUGCCAUUAUCGAUCUGGACGAACAGACAUUGUCAAUUAUUGAAGGGAAUCCAAAAAAGAGUGCUGUUUCACAUGUUUUCUCUAUCGCCCCUCAAAAGUCACCAUGAUUCUGAAGCAGCCAAAACGUUAUUAGAACCUGUUACUGUUACUGAAGUUCCCAUUUUAUGCUGUUUCAUAGAGGCCCAAGAUAUGUGCCCAUAGCAGCAACCUCAUCACAAAGGGACCUUAUACAUUCUUGUUAUCCAAGCUUUGGAAAUGUUCAAACAAGUGAAGCAUCUUCUGCCAUGGAUCUCACAUUUUAUCAUCAACGUUGUCACUUUAAACCAUCAAUGUUAUGAGACAACAUUUUGGGAUGUUUCCCGUCGAAUACUAAUUCAUCAACAUAUUGUCAUUGGUUGGUUAGGCGGUGACAAUUCGAAUACAUGUAACUAAGAUUAAAUUGGGCUCUUGAUUUUUGGUCCAAAGAAUCGACCCAUUGGAUCUAUAUAAUUUCAUCCUUCUUCUUCC